AUGUCCACAGGCUCCAGACCAGACCCCUCCACCAGCUCCACCUCACCCCUUACGAAAUUGCGCCCCAUGGCCAACACCAGCACUAGAGGCGGAUCUUUGCCUCCUCGGCCGCACUGGGUGGACCGCCAGCCGACGACUUGCCAUCUUGAAAACGACCCAGGCCCGGGUGGCACAAGGGAAGCUGCUGUGAGCCAGAGGCCGGCGACUGACUACGACAUGUCGAUCCUGGCUCCGUUGCCCCACGUCCAGACAUUCGGUCAAGAGAGUGAUGGCAUCCCCAAUCUCCCCAGAGCCUCUAGAAGGGAACGAUACGAGGCUGAGCUGGUUGAUCGCAAUGGCCGAAUGACGCCGUCUGAGCACCGCCUAGCCGGCAAUUCAUCGAGGAAGAGGGCCGCAUGCUGGCUUGGCUGGUGA